AAAAGGACCCAGUGGAUGAACAGGAACACCAUGGAGCAGGACAGGAAAUGUGAAUGAGCAUCUCCUCCUGGAUUCAGAAUGAUCCUCCACGGGCCCAUGAGCGGGCUGGACCUGGACGACCUGGGAGACUUCGACAGCGGCGCCCGAUACGAGGGCGAGUCACAGAGCCGGGUGGUGAAGGCGCUGCUCAUCGUCGCCUACUCGGUCAUCAUCUGCAUCUCGCUCUUUGGCAACGUCCUGGUGUGCCACGUGGUGCUCAAGAACAAGCGGAUGCGCUCGGCCACCAGCCUCUUCAUCGCCAACCUGGCAGUGGCGGACAUGAUGAUCACCGUCCUCAACACCCCCUUCACGCUGGUACGGUUUGUGAGCAGCACCUGGGUUUUUGGAAAGCUCAUGUGCCACAUAAGCCGGUUUGUUCAGUACUGCUCCGUUCAUGUAUCCGUGCUGACCCUUGCUGCGAUCGCUCUGGAUCGACACCAGGUUAUCAUGCACCCUCUGAAGCCACGCAUGUCCAUGGUGAAAGGAGGGAUUUGCAUCAUUGUCAUCUGGGUUAUGGCCAGCUGCUUCUCACUACCUCAUGCCAUUUAUCAGACCCUGGCAAGAUUUUAUAUUGGGAACAGAACAGUCCGCAUGGUCUGUCUCCCCAGCUUCCCUCCUCCCGCUGACCUUUUCUGGAAGUAUUUGGACUUAGCUACUUUUCUUCUCUUGUACGCCCUGCCCUUGCUUGUGAUCACUGUCACGUACACCAUGGUGGCCAAGAAGCUCUGGCUGAGAAAUGCCAUUGGCGACAUCACCAUGGAGCAAUAUUAUGCCCAUCAGAAAAAAAAGAUGACGACCCUGAAGAUGCUGAUGGUGGUGGUGAUAGUGUUUGCAGUGUGCUGGUUCCCUCUGAACUGCUACGUGGUGCUCAUCUCCUGCAGGGCCAUCCACAGCAGCAACGCACUCUACUUUGCUUUCCACUGGUUUGCCAUGAGCAGCACGUGCUACAACCCCUUCAUCUACUGCUGGCUGAACGGGAGCUUCCGUGCUGAGCUGCGCUCCAUGGUGUGCGCAUGGCGGCCCCGCACGCCGCCGGGCCCGGCCAUGGCCGUGGGGUGCGCCUGGCUGCGCCGCUGCCGCCGACGUGGCACCGGCGCCACGGUGGCACCGGCCUCCCGGAGGGGCCCUGCAAGGACACACGUGUCCCGUGUGCCACCCGCUGUGAUGGGACGCUAG